AUGAACAUCAUCGAUUUGGCAGCUCACCCAGUACUACCACCAGAUCCUGAAAUUGUUCUUGGUGUUGAUGUGAGUAAGCUCAUGUUCGAGUUCGAUGAACACAUUCGAUUCAUUCGACAAGUUUUCCAUCUUGCUGGCUAUGCAUAUAAUCCAAAUGCGGUGUUGUCGAACGCACAAAUGGUAACAGAACUUAAAAUUAGAUGUAACGGUAUUUACCGUUACGGCUCACUUUAUGUACCUUACCCUCUUCGCUGUAUCUUAUAUGUUGACGAAGAAGCAUUGGAAGAAACAUGGCAAAUAGUUAAAGAAUCAGUACGACAAAUGAAGCACGAUAAUAAACGUAAUAAUAUUUUAAAAGCAAUACGAACUUCGAAGACCACCAUCACUGGCACCUCUCCAUCACAAGCUGGUGAAAAUACUAGUUCAACGGAUUCUAUCAACUGA